GGAGCCCCCUUGGUCCGCCUGUGGCAGAAGAGCAGAGGGCCGAGCGAUUUCCAGGCAGGGACGGGGCUGCCGUCCUUGGUUGGACUCGGGAAAGCGCCGGCCCUGGAAGUUGCUCCCUAAGGGGCCUCCGGGACCCUGGAUUGGGUUGACUUGUUAGGCCGCGGAGAUGGAAACAAAGGCGCCGCCUGGGUCGGUUGUAGAGAAGGGCCAGUGUGGCCCCAGCCUUGGAUCCUACUUACAUCCAUAGACAGACGCGGCAAAUCUUUCUACAAAUGUCCACGUGGACACGGUCAAGCAGACAAGCACCAGGAGCUGCGGAGGCCCAGUUAGGAUCAGGACCACAGCGUGGGGCCGUUUUCCCUUCCAGAAAGGGCUGUGGGGAGCUGCUAUUUGCCCCCCUGCAAAAGCUUACAUGUGGCCCAUCACUGCAAAGAUACUGUCACAAUGUGGAUCCAAGUGCGCACCAUGGAUGGAAAGGAAACUCAUCGAAUGGACUCCCUUUCCAAGCUGACCAAAGUGGAAGAUCUCCGGAAAAGGGUAUACAAAGUGUUCAGAGUGGCACCUGAUAGGCAAAGACUCUUCUACAGAGGCAAACAGAUGGAGGAUGGCCAUUCCCUUUUCGAUUACAAUGUUGGCUUGAAUGAUAUUGUUCAGCUACUGGUCAGACAGAGCCCCAAUGUCCUGCCUCUGGCGAACAAAGAAAAGGACUCUGAGCUUUCAGACACGGAUUCUGGCUGUGGCUCUGGGCAGAGCGAGUCUGACAAGAGCUCCAAUAAUGGGGAGGGAGCUGUGGAGGCGGAGGGGCAGCCAAGUACUUCGGCUCAGGCUGACUUGGUGGACCCAGGGUUUGGCUACUACAAGAUCAAUGAGUUGGUGGAUGCGCGUGAUACGAGCAUGGGAGCCUGGUUUGAAGCACAGGUUGCAAAUGUGACUCUGAAAGAGAAGGCAACCCAAAAGGUGAAUGAGAGUGAUGAAGAAUCUGAGCUUCCAGAAUCCAUUGCUGAAGAGGAUGUUAUAUAUCAUGUGAAAUAUGAAGACUACCCGGAGAAUGGUGUCAUCCAGUUGAGCUCCAAAGAUGUGCGUGCUCGUGCCAGGACAAUUCUGAAGUGGGAGGAACUAGAAAUUGGAGAUGAUGUCAUGUUGAAUUACAACCCUGAUGACCCAAAGGAGAGGGGGUUUUGGUAUGAUGCGAAGAUCCUACAAAAAAGAGAAACCAGAACGUACAAGGAGUUAUAUGCCAAGAUAGUUCUUGGUAAUGCUGGAGACACCUUAAAUGACUGUCGAAUUACCCUUGUGGAUGAGAUCUACAAGAUUGAAGAACCUGGGUGUGCUGUUCCACUUACUGCCGAGAGCCCAAUGAAAAGGCAGAGCGGACCAGUAUGUAAGCACUGCAAGGACAACCCUAACAAGCCCUGCCGGAUGUGUGCCUGUCACAUGUGUGGAGGGAAAGAGAGCCCCGAGAAGCAGCUGAUGUGUGAUGAAUGUGACAUGGCUUUUCAUAUCUACUGUCUCACUCCUCCUCUUAGCAGGAUACCUGAUGAUGAGGACUGGUAUUGCCCUGAAUGUCGAAAUGAUGCUAGUGAGGUGGUGCUGGCUGGUGAGAAGCUGAAAGAAAGCAAAAAGAAAGCUAAGAUGGCAUCUGCUAACUCAUCCUCUCAGCGGGAUUGGGGCAAGGGCAUGGCAUGUGUGGGCCGCUCAAGAGAAUGUACCAUUGUUCCAUCAAACCAUUACGGACCAAUUCCUGGGGUUCCUGUUGGCACCAUGUGGAAGUUCAGAGUCCAGGUGAGCGAGUCUGGUGUCCAUAGGCCCCACGUGGCAGGAAUCCAUGGUCGAAGCAACGAUGGUGCCUAUUCUCUGGUCCUGGCAGGAGGCUAUGAAGAUGACAUAGAUCAUGGUAAUUCGUUCACUUACACUGGAAGUGGAGGCCGUGACCUUUCUGGAAACAAACGGACAGCCGAACAGUCUUGUGAUCAGAAGCUCACCAACAUGAACAGGGCUCUGGCGCUGAACUGCAGUGCUCCAAUCAAUGAUAAAGAGGGUGCCGAGGCCAAGGACUGGAGAUCUGGGAAGCCGGUUAGGGUGGUGCGGAACAUGAAGGGUGGCAGACACAGCAAAUAUGCCCCUGUUGAGGGGAACAGAUACGAUGGCAUAUACAAGGUUGUGAAGUACUGGCCUGAAACAGGGAAAUCUGGCUUCUUAGUGUGGCGUUAUCUGCUCAGGCGAGAUGAUGAUGAGCCGGCCCCUUGGACCCGGGAGGGAAAGGAGAGGAUGAGGAAGCUUGGGCUGACGAUGCAGUAUCCUGAAGGGUAUCUAGAAGCUGUUGCAAAUAAAGACAAAGAGAACAGUAAAAAUGAGGAAGAGUUUGAAACCCCAGGCCAAGGAAAGAGGAAAAGGAAAUCUGGUAAUGGGAUGCGUCUCUCUGUCUCUCCGGGCACCACGCCAAAGAAGACUAAAGUGGAGGCGUACAAACUCACUGCCCAGCAGAAGGCUGGGAUUAAAGCCGACAAAGCAAACGCCAAGCUGUGGGAUGAAGCCCUAGGAGCCCUCAAAGAUGGACCGAAAUUCUUAAAGAAAGUGGAGGAAACCUUUUUGUGCAUUUGCUGCCAGGAGGUGGUUUUCCAGCCAAUCACAACAGUGUGCCAGCACAACGUAUGCAAGGACUGCCUGGACAGAUCCUUCAGAGCAGAAGUCUACAGCUGCCCAGCAUGUCGUAAUGAUCUUGGCACAAACUACGGAAUGGAAGUUAACCAACCACUGCAGACUCUUCUAAAUCAGCUCUUCCCAGGGUACGGCAAUGGACGGUGACUCCAAAAAGCACUUCUCAUUUCCUGUGCCCCUCAUUCAAAAAACUUUUAAAUGGUGUUUUGGUGGGGCUUUAUUUAAGUAGCCUUUUCAGAAACGCUUCUGUCCCCAUUGCUUCCUUUCUGCCCCCUGCCAACCAUAAAGGUUGAGGAACCUAUUUGUGUGAAUGCUUUCUUAAGGAAAAAUUAAAACCUUGAUGUGAGCACAGGCUAGGAAUUUACAAAUUGUUGUGUAUGUGCUACUAGAUAGGACAGAGUUCAGUUCUUAAUGGGGUGAGGUUUGCUUUUAAAAAAAAAAACGCAGUACACAGCUUGGUUGCUAGAACAAUCCCUUGAAGCCUAUGGAUUUUGGCCAUAAGAUUAUAUUUUUAAAAAUAUUUUUGACAGCAUUUUGAUACUUUUUUUGUGAAAUCAACUUUUCUGCUUAGGUCCUGCCACUUAGGUAAUUUGAGAACUCCCUGUUUCCCCGUUUUGUAUCCCAUUGUUGAAAUAUCUUCUCGAUUAAUUGUCUUAAGAGCAUUAGUGUAAAAUUUACUACCUCAGUCUCUGCAUAUACCAGACCAGGUGCUCCCUUUCCCCUGGAGUGACCUAAGGGAAAACAAAUGAAAGCCAUUUGGAAGUGCCUUUUGGGAUCUUUUUAGUUUUGCUGAAAGACUGAACUUUGAUCUGUUUUAAAAAAGAAAAAAAAGAGAAAGCUCUGACAUUUUUCUGAACUGCCAUCAAGAUUUUGUUCUUGGGAUGAUGAAAUGGAACACUGUAGCUCUCUAGAUCAUUAGUGGUGCAUCCAGCUAUGUAACUUUUCUACUAUCACAUGAAUUCUGCUAAUUCUGAAUCUUUUUAGAUAUGUUACUAGUAUUGUAUUUUUAUAUGGAACGAAUGUAUAAGAAUGGGUCAGUACCAAAACUGAACAGUUCAAUACCUCAGCAUAAAACAGGGAUACUACUAGCAUCACUUUUUACAUUGGACAGACUGGAACAAAUGUAUAUUUUUACCAGGUGUGUUUUAGCAUUUUUACAAAUAUAUAAUAUUGUUUGAGAAAGUAACUUUUAAUCUUGCUGAAUACUGCCAUACUUUUUGUAUAAUGCGCAAACUGACGUUCUCAA